AUGACUUCCCCCGCCCAGGGGGAGGGUGAGGUCGGCAAACGAGCAGACGGAUUACCUGAUGGUAAGCAAUCAGCGCCGCCCAUGGAAACUCGCAACGGAGGAGUUGCGAUUAUGAAUUUCACUAGAACUAAUCAGACGAGAAAAAUAUUUAAAAAGCCGUUGACUUGUGGUGAAGAUAAAAUGGAGGGAAAAGCGGUUGAGGAGGGAUUGGCGUUAAUAGAGGAUUUUCCGUGGCUUGGGAUAUUGGUUUAUCCCAUUGAAGGGGAUAAUCCAUCGACAACGGCUGUGAUACUCAUAUCAGAUGACGUGGUCCUAUCUACUGCUCUGGACAUCGACUAUUAUUCUAAAGAAAAUUUCAGAGCGCAAACCCGCGUGGUUCUUGGCAACAACUGCACCGGGCCUUACAUCGGGAUCAAAGACUAUACUUUCCAUCCCGACUUCACUCGCAGCACUUACAGCACCCUGGCCAUCGUACAGCUUGAUAUCGACAGCGCACAAAUGAAUUGCUACAACAGUUCCAUGGUGAAUAUAUACAAGAUGGAUUUUGUCGACACGACUCGCUGUCGGGACCACUACAGGAGGAUCGGGGUUUGA